AGGGACGAUUUGAUCCAAUCCCCCCAUUGCACCACAAAAAUGUCUGCUCGUGGACUGUCAAGGAGAGAAGAAAAAGGGAAACAAUACCCAAGACUGGAUCCAAAUCAAACAGAAGACAUACGAUUUCUUAGCUACUUUCCUCCACCCACGGGCAAGUCAGACAGCGGACAGUUAGAAGAAUGGGGAGACAGAGUGCGUUUCAUCGUUGAAGAUCUGCACAAACUUCUGCAACUAAGUCAUGAGAAGUUUUGGUGUCAGGCAGUGUUUGACGGCUCCCUUCAUAAUUUGGUAGAAUCCUAUUUGAAGAAUGCCCCAAGAAGCCAUGAUAUGAUACCAUUAAGUAAUCUGUCUGAGGAUUUCCAAGAACAACAUGCUGAGCUUCACAAAUUGGUCUUCAUGACGUGCCUCAGGCUUGCAACUCACAAAGAAGAUAAAGAGCACUCCAUAGCACCAUCUGUAUUUGGAGAGAUCAUCUAUGAGAAUUACAUCUUUGAUGUUCCAAAAUUGUUUGACUUGUGCGUAUUGUAUGCUGAAAAUGGACAGAUUUUGUCCAAAAUGAUAGAAAAUAUAUUUAACCAGCAGCCGAAAUACAAUGAAGACCUAAGUUGUGCAAUUCCAACGAUUUUCCACGUAUUGCAAGAGAUGAGAAAGAAAUGUGGCAUGCCUCUACCAUCUUCAGCGGGAAGCGAAUCACCAAAGAAGACAAGUUUAAUUGGUACAGAAGAGAUCACUGCAGAAACUUUAAGUACACCAGAGCUACAGGAUCUUGUCUUUUAUCUGGCAGAUAUUGGAAGAACGCUUUCUAGCUUUUUAGAGGUCUACCCGCCAGCAUCAUAUAUUUUUCAUGAAGAAGGUUUCAUAAGCCAAAUUUCGGAGGCAUAUGAUUUGGUCCCAGCUUUGUUGGCAGUUAUAAAAAACAGGGAAUUUGAGACCUACACACAAAAGAAGCUGUUGCGCCAAAAAUUGGCACAAGCCAAGAAGUUCUUGAUGUUAUCUGUUCAUUUGAUUAUAACACACUGCUUUUUAAACCCCAUUCUUGAAAACAGUGGUUCUGCAGAUGAACACAUUGAGGGAUUCAUUCAGACACUCUCUGGCUUGCUUAAUGAACGACGGUUCCUGGCUGACUUUGAAAGUUGUCAUCCUUUUCAAGACUAUGCAGACAUUUUAACCCAGUGUCCAUGUGAUGUUGAUGAAAAAAGGAUCCAGUACAUUCAAGAGGCUUUUAGCUCUGCCUUUGCCACCUAUGGAAAGAGGAAGAAACCCACUGGUGCAACCACAAGGGGUGGGAGAACCUCACCCGAUGGAUCCCCAGGGCCAAUGGAAGAAGACAUUAGUGGUGGCGCUGUACCCUCCCCUGCCCCGCCGGCAAAUAAUAAUAGUUAUGAUGAUAUGGGAGCUUGUGCCCCAAGGAAAACAGGGGUAGAGUUGGACUCCUUGAUAGCAGCCGUAAAAGAUUUGUUACCGGAUUUAGGAGAAGGAUUUAUAGAGCUGUGUUUAGAAGAGUAUGGAUAUGACAUAGAGAAAGUUAUCAAUUCUGUCCUUGAAGACAAACUGCCUCCUUCACUGGAAGAUUUAGAUAGAAGCAUGGUUAGACAGCAAUAUGAACAGUCUGAAGAUGUGGUGAUUUCACAGAGAGCUAAUAUAUUUGAUCACGAUGAAUUUGAUGUAUUCAGCAGGGACAAGGUGGACUUGACCAAGGUUUAUAAAGGGAAGAAAGGGAAGACAGACGCUGUGGACCUGGAUAAAAAUGACGCGGCUGAAUUGAAUCCGAAAUUGGCUGAAAAGUAUGGAUACCAGGUGAUAGAAGUAGAGGACGAGCUGUAUGAUGAUGAAUAUGAUGACACUUACGAUACGAUUAAUGUCGGCGCCGAUGAUGCAGAUUCCGCGGAUGAAUUAACUCAAAGAAGGCAGUUUACGGUUCCAAGAGUUCUACAGAAAAAACAAGACGUUGAAUCAGAUAGUGAUGAAAGCGCAGAGGAAACGGUUGAAGAAAAUCCUGUGAAAGACGAGUUUGUUCCUAAUCCAGCUUUAAUUCGACAGAGAGCUGAGGAGAGAGCUCAGUGGAAAGCUCAACGAAGGACGCAAGGUCAGAGGUCAAACUUCAAAGGUCAACAAGAGGAUAAAGAGAAAAAAUAUGAUGUCAAAGGUGAAGCAAAGGGCAAAGGCCAGUCAGAUGAUGUAUUGAAAAACAGAGCAUGGAAAGAAAAGCAUAAGUCCAGCCGAGCUAAUCAUAAUCGGAAAUAUUAUUCAGACAAGAAGAGAAUGGGAUUUGGGGGGCCACCAAAAUGAUUCCUUAAUACAACUGUUUUGUGCAAUUUUUGAGAAAUACUUAUUAAAACUUGAAAAUUUAA